AUGAGGCUCCCUACCAAGGACCUUCUAGAGAAAGAAGCUCUAGACCACCGGCUUGCACUGGCAAAUGCGCUGAUUGAUCUCGGCCGUGUGAUGAAAAUACCGUCAGAGAGAAUAUCUGGAGAAGACCUGACUACUGAGUCUACCAGUCCGAUGUCCGUAACCUCGGCCCAACCAGAUGAAGAAUCAUCUACUCCAGAACCUCGUGCGUCUCCUAUUUCUCUCACUAAUAAGCAUUGUCUCUUCUGUGUGUUCAACUCGCAUCAUCAAUGUUAUUUUUCAACGUCUCGAAAAGCGCGAGAACAUUUUGAAAAAUACCUGCGGAGUAUCGGGCGUGAAGAGCCCAUACCAUGUCCAGAUGACUUCUGCCAGCUUGUUCUGCAUGGCCAUCAAGAGCUGAAGAGCCAUGCGGCUCAAGUUCACAAAGUCCGUUAUUUCACAGACGUCCAGCGUAUUAGAGCUGGUUUCUAG